UUAACGUGCUUGUGACGUGUUCAUGUUGAUUGUGUGUCUCAGCUGCUUUAUUUUCAUCUGUUCAGGGUUUCAGUGUGGAGCCAAACUGCAUAGAGGACUUGCCCUGCUGCAAGACUGAGACAUUUGAAGUACGCUUCGACCGAGGAAGUGCCAACCUGCCUCUGGGAAAGGUGGACAUGCUCCUCCCCAUCAAGGUGGACAAACACGUGCGAGAGAGUGUGUGUUGGAAGCUGCUCCAGGAGCUGAAGAGCAAGCCCCAUGUUUUCACCGCGCUGCCCUCAGCUGGAGCCCUCUCACCAGGACAGCGAUGCGACGUGCGAGUCAGAUUUUCACCCACAGCAGAGAAAUCCUACAAAAGCAGUCUGAGGACUAACAUUUCCCAGAGCAGCCAGCAUCUCCAGCUGCAGGUCUCAGGGCAUGGGCUGGAGCCACAGCUGGAGUUCUGCCCCACAGUGCUUGAGCUGGGACCGUUGCUGCUGGACAGCCAUGGGGCGGAGGGGACGGUGCUGGUGAAGAACCCGUGCGAGCUCCUCGUUGAGUUUUUCUCACUGGAGUUUGACGAGGAGUACCUUGCCGAGGAGCAGAUCCUGCGGAUGCUGGAGGACUACAAUUCCCAAAGCACCUCAUUGCUACCUCCACGUGCCCCGGGUGAGAAGCUGCCCCUAGAGGUGCUGGAUUACUAUGAGGACCAGAAGAGGCUGCAGGAUGAGCAGGGAAAGUCCAAGACUGGGGAACCAGCAGGCCAGGCCAACGGAAACUUUGAAGGCACCCAGUUUCUGUCAGAUGAAGGAAGAAAGCCCUCUGCUGGGAUUGUUCACAGCAUUUCAUCAUUUUUGGUGGAAACCAGUCCAACAAGGUGGACUGUAAACCUGAAUGUGGAGAAAAGGAGGAGAAAGGUGUUGAGAAAAGACACAGGAGGGGCAAUAACCCUAAGCUUUUCACUUCUUUUAUGUCCAUUGUGGCAAAAGGGUGAAGGACUUCAGUGUCACCUCCAUCACUUCACUGCAGCCCGGAGUCGCUUUCAUUCCUACAGGCCCUGAAUCCACUCUUCUCUAUGUCAUUUUUGGGCACUGGAACAGGCUGCCCGGGGAGGUGGUUGGGUCCCCAUCCCUGGAGGUCUUUAAAAGAUGGGUAGACGAGGUGCUCAGGGACAUGGUUUAGUGGCAGAUGGGAAUGGUUGGACUUGAUGAUGCAAGAGGUCUUUUCCAACGUGGUGAUUCUGUUAUUCUAUGGUUUGUGGAAUCCUGAGAAGAGUCUGGGGCAGGGACAAAUGAGAAGCUGGGGAGGUUUUCCCCAGCUUUGCCAAAGGAGCACUUUUUUAACCCAGGAGCUGGUGGGAUUGGGGUGAUGCUGUUCCCUUUCCUAGACAGUGCCCUCUGUGGCACUGCAAACUGGGAUGACUUUUGUGGACGCCUUAAGGGCAGAGCUUGGAGCUCUUUGAAAAUGGUGUUCUGGUUAGUUCAGAGCCAACGCACCUCUAUAUUCCUAAAGCACCGAGCCUUUGGAUAAUCGCUUGGUCCCCAAAUGUAGCCUCUCCCUUGGGACUGUGUGAAAUGCCCAGUCCCGCCUAUCCGGCCCCUUACCCAACAGGACUUGGGACAAAACUCUCAUGAGGACCAUGUUGAUGGUGGAAGGAGGUUUGGCCCAGUCCUUUUAGGUAUUGCCAAAUGCUUGUUCUUUCCUCCUGUCACCCAUCUACUCUGACCAGGCACCUUCACCAGUAUCUAGGGCAGACCCCAAUCUGCACAAGCCUGAAGUAAGGGCACGGUGAGAACUUGGGUGUGAUGUUGGUUUCAUCGGGGUCUCCUCUUGCAGGGUCUGAGGGGAUGGGGACGAUGAUCAGGAUCGCAGGUAGGCAGGACGCUGACUUUUCUACUCGGUUCUACACAGCAGAGCAUUGGGCACGUACUCUGCUGAGACAUGAAGCUGCCCCAGGCCUUCACCUAGCUGGUGCAGGUGGCACAGCUCAUGCAUGUAGGCUCCCAUUCCCCAGAACAGGAUGGCCAUGUCCCUGUUGUCUUGUGGGACCACACUGCCUAUGGUCCCAGGGAGGUGGUUGAGUCACCAUCCCUGGACGUAUUUAAAAGACCGGUAGACAAGGUGCUCAGAGCCAUUGUUUAGUAGCAGAUAGGAAUGGUUGGACUCGAUGAUGCAAGAGGUCUUUUCCACCCUGAUGAUUCUGUGAUUCUGUGGUUGCCUCGUGGGAGCAGUUUCUUACCCGUCCUGACCCCCAAACCGUGCCCAGAUGUUGCCUUGGACAGCGCUGAUGAACAGAGGCUGGAGAAUGGUCAGAGUAGUGGUGGGACAAGGCUCAGAACCCUGUCCUGGAGUUGAGGUCACCGCAAGGGACAAAGUCCUCAGCUGAGGUGGAGGUGACCCACUUGGCUCUAGAGUUCAACACUUGUAGCCGUGCUCAAGCUGCCUCCCUCAUGGCCUUCCUGAAAGGGGCACUUGCCUUCCAACUGUCCUUGAGAAUUUGGAAUCCCGUAUGGGAGCUUUUCAGAGCCUGUUUUGAAAACAUCUCAUGUGCAAGUGUCACCAAGCAGUCAUCCUCUCUCUCUCUCUUAAGGAAAGACCUCAGCAGCGACUGCCCUGUCGCAGUACUGUGGCGCUGCCUGCUUGUCCAUUGACUCCGUGGUGAAAGAAGCCAUCUCAGACAGGAGGAGCUUGGCCGGGUCUCUUAGGGAGCGUGGGUGCAGCAUGUAGAAAUGCAAAGCCCUUUCACAAAGCAUCUGUUUGAAGCAGCCUCUGUUUGAGGGGCUCAGGCAGGGGUACGAUUCCUGCCCCUGCACGUCUUGGCACGUGUUCCUUUUUCUAGGAGGGCUGAAACACCUGUAUCUAUCUCAGGGCUGUUAGUAUUUCCUCAAAGCUGAAUCCACCUUGCUCCUCCUGGUUAUCCAGCAGAACUGCUGCCCAUUUUGAUGGGAAAAAACCCUCUGAAGUAGCUCACUGAGCAGCAGAUGGCUGACUUUGAGUGUGGCUUCACAGACGUGAAGUGGAGGGAAGAAUGAACUCUCUGGGGACUUUCAGGUGAGAGAGGCACUGCAGAUGAGCUCUUUUCUCCAGAGAUUUUUCCUGUACAUCGUAUCAGGUCACACAGGUCGUGCAUGUUUUGUGGUUCUCCACGUGAGACCAGAGACUUCACGGACAGCCGGUGCACUGAGCUAUGCAGGGUGAGGCCAGACCUUGGCUCUGGUGG